AUGGCGGGCGUCGAUGUGUUCAUCUUCUUCUGCAGCGGCCUCGGCGCGGUCUUCGCGUUGAUGAACUUCUACAUCAUCCAGCAGACGAAGAUCAACCCCGGCGCGGGCUUCGUGAACCCCAACAGCCCGCUCAACGCGGUGACGGCGGAAUUGAAGAAGGUCGAGGACAUCCACGCGACCAUCGAGCUCGGGGCCAAGGCCUUCCUCCGCGCCGAGUACACGAUCUGCGUCCAGUUCCUCCUCGCCUUCUCCGUCGUGCUCCUCAUCCUCACGUCGAUGGGCUCGUCCUUCGAGGACGGCAUGUUCACGACGGUGGCCUUCCUCAUCGGCGGCUUCACGUCCAUCCUCAGCGGCCUCUGCGGCAUGAUGGUCGCCGUCAACGCCAACGCGCGCACGACGGUGGCCGCGGCGUCGGAGCCGCCGAGCAAGCUCACGGCGGCGUUCAACGUCGCGUUUCGCGCGGGCGCGGUCAUGGGCUACGCGCUCUGCGCCAUGGGCCUCGCGACGCUCCUGCUCCUGCUCCUCUGCUACAAGACCCACUUCGCGACCGUGGACACGUGGAACGUCAUGAUGGACUGCGCCGCGGGCUUCGGCCUCGGCGGGUCGUCCGUGGCGAUGUUCGGCCGCGUCGGCGGCGGCAUCUACACCAAGGCCGCGGACGUCGGCGCGGACCUCGUGGGCAAGGUCGUCCACGGGCUGGAGGAGGACGACCCGAAGAACCCGGCGACCAUCGCCGACAACGUCGGCGACAACGUCGGCGACGUCGCGGGCAUGGGCAGCGACCUCUUCGGGAGUAUGGCCGAGGCGACGUGCGCGGCGCUGGUCAUCGGCACGACGUCCAAGGACAUUUUGGCCGAGGGCUGGGGCGCCGUCAUGUUCCCCCUGACCAUCUCCGCCGCGGGCAUCGUCGUGUGCAUGGCCUGCUCGUUCAUCGCGACGCACCUGAAGCCGGUGGUGAAGGCGACGGACGUCGAGGCCGCGCUGAAGCUGCAGCUGAUCUCGACGACGUUCCUCAUCGUGCCCUUUGUGGUCUACCUCGCCAAGGCGCUGCUCCCCGAGUCCUUCGAGAUGGACUCCGUGGUCUCGGGCACGAUGACGUGCUCGGCGACGGGCGCGGCGAUCUGCGUGUCCGUCGGCGCGCUCGGCGGCCUGCUCAUCGGCCUCGUGACGGAGUACUACACGUCCCACUCCUACCAGCCCGUGCGCGAGUGCGCCUACGUCUGCAAGCAGGGCGCGGCCGUGAACAUGAUCUACGGGCUCGCUUUGGGCUACAAGUCGGCGAUCAUCCCCGUCUACACGCUCGCGGCCAUCAUCUACUUCGCCUUCUCCCUCGCGGACCUCUACGGCGUGGCCCUCGCCGCGCUCGGCAUGCUCUCGACGCUGGCGACGGGCCUGACCAUCGACGGCUACGGCCCCGUGACGGACAACGCAGGCGGCAUCGCGGAGAUGUCGCUCCUGCCCGAGUCCGUCCGCGAGAAGACGGACUGCCUGGACGCCGCGGGCAACACGACGGCGGCCAUCGGCAAGGGCUUCGCCAUCGGCUCGGCGGCCCUCGUGUCCCUCGCGCUCUACGGCGCGUUCGUCGUCCGCCUCGGCAUCACGGGCGGCGUCAACGUGCUCCAGCCCCUGACGUUCGCGGCGCUCCUCGUCGGCGCGAACCUGCCCUACUGGUUCAGCGCCAUGACCAUGAAGUCCGUGGGCCUCGCGGCGGCGGAGAUGGUCCAGGAGGUCGAGCGCCAGUUCAAGGCGGACCCGUCGCUCCUCGACCCGAACUCGUCGAGCCUCCCGGACUACGACGCGUGCGUGGAGAUCUCCACCAAGGCCUCGCUCCGCGAGAUGAUCGCGCCGGCGGCGCUCGUCAUGCUCACGCCCCUCGUCGCCGGCACCUUCUUCGGCGUCCAGGCCGUCUUCGGCAUCCUCACGGGCGGUUUGGUCUCCGGAGUGCAGCUCGCCAUCUCCAUGUCCAACUCCGGCGGCGCGUGGGACAACGCGAAGAAGUACAUCUCCGGCGGCUUCGACCCGGACCCGGCCCUCCGCAAGAAGGACGCCAACGGCAACUCGACGCCCGUGCACGACGCCGCGGUGACGGGCGACACCGUCGGCGACCCGUUCAAGGACACGUCCGGCCCCGCGCUCAACAUCCUCAUGAAGCUCAUGGCCAUCCUCUCCCUCGUCUUCGCCCAGUACUUCCAGUCCAUCAACAACGGCAAGGGUCUCUUCAACGUCUAA